CUCACUGAAAACGGCGAGACGAACUCUGCUGUUACGGGAUUUAAACUUUCCCCACAACCACUCAAGCCGUCUGUUCUGUCCAGAUCCAGUAUGACUCCUCCUUUCACACUGCUCUUCCUGAUUUAUGUCAUUGCCCAACCUCCCUGCCAUGGAUUCAAAAUCUGUGCAUUUAACAUUCAGAGUUUUGGUGAGUCGAAAGCAGAAGAUGGCAACCUUAUGAACAUCAUAACCCGGAUUGUGUCGCGGUGUGAUGUGUGCUUACUCCAGGAGGUGAGAGAUUACAGGAAGAAAGCCAUUCCACGCCUACUCAAGAGCCUCAACAACUAUGACAGCAAUUACCGAUAUGACUACGUGUCCAGUGAAAGACUUGGCAGAACACCAACUUACCAGGAGCAAUAUGUGUUUGUAUUCAGGACAGGUUCAGUGAAGCUUAAAGAUCAGUACCAGUACCCAGACAAGCAGCCAGGGGAUGAAGACGCGUUCGCCAGGGAGCCCUUUAUAGUGUACCUGCAAGCUCCCAAAACGGUGAUUGGCGAGUUUGUCCUGAUCCCCAUGCAUACAUCUCCCACAAAUGCCACCAAGGAGAUUGAUGAGCUGUAUGAUGUUUUUAAGGAUGUCACACAGAGGUGGAAGACAAAGGAUAUAAUGUUCCUUGGGGAUUUCAAUGCGGCCUGUGGAUACGUGGCUAAAAAGAACAAAAAGAACAUUAGGCUCUACAGCAUCUCUUCUUUCACCUGGCUGAUAGAUGACAAACAAGACACUACGGUCAGGAAGUCAACCAACUGCGCAUAUGACAGGAUAGUGGUACACGGAGAUCACUUUCUCAGAGCAGUAGUGCCAUUUUCAGCACGACCAUUUGAUUUUACAACUGAGUACCACCUUGAUGAGUCACAGGCUCUACGAGUGAGUGACCACUUUCCUAUAGAGGUGGACCUGAAGACCAAGUCAGGAAGUGAGCAGAUAAGCACCCCUCUGUGCCUGCUGCCAGCGACCUUUGGCCUCCUCCUCCUGCUGCAACCGUGAACUCGUACUGAAAGUGGACACAACUCCACUCUAAAGGCAAUUUAAGACAAAAUCUAAAUAUGCACGGAUGUCAACACUUGAACUUUUUAUGCCAAAGCUAUUUAAAAUGCUGGUGCUUGAUUAUGAUGGACUGUCAUACCAAAAACCUUGUCCAAAAGAUGUUAAACUGAAAUAAUGACAAGAUGUUCCUAAUAUUUUUCCAAUUUUAAAUUUCAGAUUUUAGUACUGUUAAAAACCUCAGGGGCUUUGAAAACAUGCAUUUGUUUAUAUUUUGUAAUAAAAUGUUUUUGGUUUACUUUCUCACUAAUCAUCUUCACACAUUUUCAAUAUUUCUAAAAAUAAGGUACAAGAAAACUAUAUUUUAUGACUUCUCUGUGGACUUUUCAUGGAAAAACAGCUAAACAAAUGGUAAAACAAUCAAUUAAACAUAUGACCUUGAACUUCUAACAAGGUCCAUACACCAUUUUCUAUGAACCUCAGACAAGCAUAUUGCAUGUGUUUAAUAGAUAUAUAGCCAUUUCAAAUCCAAAGUAACCUUGUUUGACAGUGUACUUAUUUCCCUAAUGAAGCAUAAGAUAGUAUUGUAUAACACUCCAUACUUCCACCCUUCACAAACUGGCUGUAUUUUCCUAGAUGGCAAACAUGCAUGUCAGAGUGGUGUGUGUGUGUGCGUGCAAUUAAUUAAGUUAAUUAACACAAAUUAAGUGCACGGCACACCUUUAGAUAUAUAAAUAAAACCUCAAAGCAACAUUACAAUCAGUAUCUAUUGAUUGUAAUAAUGUUGCUUUGAGGUUUUAUUUAUAUAUCUUGCAUUUGCAAGACUGAAAACCAAAAGCACAAUAUUUUGUACAAGUGUUUUAUUAACUGCUUCAGGUAACGGCCCCAUCUCACACAGCCAGUGUUGUGUGGCAAGUGAAACACUCAGUUGGCAUGCAGGGCUUUCCAGCGGCUCAGGGGCCCACGGUUGGGGAUGUAUUUCACCCCACAGCCAUCAGGGAUCAGACGCUUCUCCUGCAGCAUGUCAUCAAAGU